AUGGAGGCCACCCAGGAAUCCACCCAGCCAUGCGCUGAUCCUCGCCGAAUGGGAAUGCAUAACUCUGGCAUCCAAGAUCAAGACCUGGCCGACAUCAUUUGUAUCCUUCAUCCGAAUUCGCAUAGUGCUCAUGAUGCGGUUGCUGCCACUGGGGGGAUAGGUGCCCAGCAUAUCCUCCAAAGGGACAUACUGGAGAGUGAAUCCUCUCACACAGCAGCAUUAGACUUGGCAUUGAGACUCUCGUCUAAAGUUCACAAUCUGGGACUCGGCUUCUGCUUCGGUCGCAAUCGGUCUCGUUGUGACGUCCUUCUCAGUGUUGAUGAUCGCGCUAAACAAGUGUCGAACAACCACUUUCGCAUAUACUUAACCGAGGACGGCAUUCUCAUGCUCCAAGAUACGUCAACAAAUGGUACCAUCGUGGACAAUUGCCGCCUACGAAAAUCUCAGGAGGAGAAUUCUCGAAUGCUUACGAAUGGAUCUAUUAUUCAAGUCUCCGCUGGAUUCAAAAACUCCGACGAGAUCCGUUUCGUUGUUCGAAUUCCGUCACGAGAAGGAUUCGCCGUCCAAUACCACCAGAACUUGUUUCACUAUUUUGAGCGAGUUCGUGCACAUUCCCCGGCGCAUAAAGAACGACAGGGUCCCAGUACGUCUGCUUUAGCGUGGUCAUCCACCAACGCCUAUGGCAUGCAUUGGACCGGUGGUGCUGAGUACAAUGUAACUGGUCAGAUUGGAAAGGGUGCUUUCGCUACUGUGUACAAGAUUGCAACCAAGCAACAUGGCGCCAUCUAUGCCGCAAAGGAACUCGACAAGCGCCGCUUCAUGAAAAACGGUAUUCUUGAUCAAAAGGUUGACAAUGAGAUGAAAAUCAUGAGAGAUCUCACACAUCCGAAUAUUGUUCAAUACAUCGAUCACCACGAGCAUGAUCGAUGGAUCUAUAUCAUCAUGGAGUAUGUUCCAUGUGGCGAGCUAUCGACAUUGCUGCAGACCCAGGGGAGAAUUGCCGAGGAUAUGGUGAGAACGAUCGCCCGACAAGUACUACGAGCGCUUCACUAUUUGCAUAAGCGUCGCAUAACCCAUCGAGAUAUCAAACCGGACAACAUCCUGAUUGCCUCUCUCGACCCGCUUAGGGUAAAAUUAUCUGACUUUGGAUUAUCCAAAGUGGUAGAGCAAGAAACCUUUCUCAAGACAUUUUGCGGAACACUUCUGUACUGUGCGCCUGAGGUGUACCCGGACUAUGAUCAAUAUCGUCGUGGGGAGGUUCGAAAAAGGCGUCGCCUUGGAGACCCACCUCCCAAAACAUCCCCGUACAGCCAAUCUGUUGACAUGUGGUCGCUAGGCGCAGUUCUUUUCCAUAUCUUGUCCGGCGUUCCACCGUAUUCCGGACGUGCAGAAGAUCGAGGUGUCCAGAUGCUUCGUACCAUCAUGACAAGUGACGCUGAUUUCGAAGCACUACGUCGCGCAGGUGUCUCUGAGUCUGGGAUCGACUUUGUCGCCCAGCUUCUCAACCGGGACCCUUUCUCUCGUCCGACAGAGAAGGAGUGUUUCCAGCACCCUUGGAUCGCCGAGGUCCCUGAUGUGGAUGAGUACGAGGAUGAUGAUGACUUGCUCUCUGACCACCACGACGGGCUUUCAGUCAUUGGCGAAGAUCCUGAGGACGAGCUAGACGCUUCACAAUUGUCUAUCGCCGAUGGUCUGGGGUACGUCCCCGAAGCCGACGGUGAAGAUGGUACUAGCAGUGAAGCAAUCUCCAAACGGCCCCGUAUCGAGUACAUUCCCACCCAUGUACCCUACCCUAGCCUUCCAAAUAUUGAGAGUUUCCAAGAUGGGCAAGCGGUAGUGGAUAAUCAUGCCAAACGUUUGUUUGGCGAAGUUUGCCCCUCGGCUUUGCGGAGCUCUCACGCACUUGGCAAUAUGGAUGCCUACGACGCUAACAAUUUUCAAGUUGACUUUCUCUCUUCCGGUGAGUCGAUGAUGAGCGACGAUCCCAACGACUCGAUUAUUUCCCUCCCGGCGGUGCCAUUCGGUGGAACCGCGCCUAGUUUGAUGGGCGCCGAGAAACUCGUCGGUCAACUCAACAUGAAUUCCUUGAACCCCACUCCGCAACUGAAGGGUGGGCCGAUUACUAGAUCCUCCUCGCGGGAGACCACUCAUGGACACAUCAAAAGCGGAUUGCCAGCUAGUAAUCUUAACGUCGAUUCUGUUCCCCCGACUUCAAGUCCCAAGGAAGCUGUCUCGAGUCCCCAAGAGCCAACCCCGAAAGCAAAAUUCACGCGUCGGAUUGACCUUGCUCUUGCAAUCCCCGACACAGCCAGCGAGGCAUCUAGCGAUAAUAGCGCCCACAAUAGUCGCCGCGACACCGCACCCAACGACCCCUCUCGCCCCUCCAAAUCGGAAUAUGACCUCGAAUUUGCUACUACCCUUGAUGCACAAACAGGCCAAGCUAUCUUGGAGCAGUUCCGUGCCGAGGAAUCAGACUCAUCAGAACCGAUUGUUCACCGACCGAAUCCACCCUCCCUUCCAUCAACGCUCUCUGGUACCACGUUCGCUAAGCCCCCAAAGAGAUAUGGAAAACUGAAGAGCCUCCCUGGUUCGAUAUUCGACUUGACAAUCUACCUUGAAGACAGACUCACCUCAUGGGGUCGUGGGCCGUCUGCGACCGUCAAGCAUGCCGACCCCAUGGACACAAGAAUCCCCGCCUAUGCCCUAGAGGUCACAUUCUGGACCCCAGGAAUCGAGGCGAGAAUUGCAUCAGGUGAAAGCUGGCUGGAUAUCCCAGGGGUUAUGGCUAUUCUCUCCACGAAGGCACGUCUUGGUAUUUGGGUUAACGACACACUGUUAUGCCGUGGCUCUAUGACCGAGGAUGGUCCCGAGGCUUUGCAAUUUGGGAAGCUCUACACCGGCGACAUCAUCACAGUCUACCAAAACAAAGACCGAACCAAGUUCCUCAAGCUGCAAUGUGACUUCACUCAUGGAGAGAGCGCACAACCUCGGCCGGGACACGAAGCCGGAUUCAUGGUACGACAGGCCCUCAUGGCCAAGGCGGGCGGGGCGACGAACCGAAUGCCGAUUCGGCGUCAAAUCAAGGAAUCGGGAUUAGAUUGA